CGUGGAUCUAUAUUAAGCCACUUCCCCACCUUUCUCCUCCCACCUACUCUCACCCACAACCUUUGCAGCCAUGGGUCACGACUAUGUCACCAACAAAAACGGACCUCCGGGCGACGGGUUCAAGCUCGUAGGCUUCUCCAACUUCGUCCGGACCAACCCGAGGUCCGACAAGUUCGGUGUGAAGCGCUUCCACCACGUGGAGUUCUGGUGCACCGACGCCACCAACACCGCCCGGCGGUUCUCUUGGGGGCUGGGCAUGCCCAUCGUGGCCAAGUCGGAUCUGUCCACGGGCAAUCUGACCCACGCCUCCUAUCUCAUCCGCUCCGGCAACCUGUGCUUCCUCUUCACCGCCCCCUACUCGCCAUCCAUAGCCGCCAUGGAGAGCGUGGGCCCUACCGCCACCUCCUCAAUCCCCAGCUUCGACCACGCCGCCAGCUGCGCCUUCGCCUCCACGCACGGACUCGGCGUCCGCGCCAUCGCCGUCGAGGUGGACGACGCCGAAGCCGCCUUCCACACCAGCAUCUCCCACGGCGCCAGGCCCGCGUCCCCGCCGGUCGUCCUCGACGGCCGCACCACCCUCGCCGAGGUCCACCUCUACGGAGACGUCGUUUUGCGCUACGUGAGCUACAACAGCUCCAACCCGAACCCCCAAGACUCCCCGGACCCAGACUCCUGGUUCUUGCCCAAAUUCGAACCCGUGGACGAGCUCUCUUCCUACCCGUUGGACUUCGGGAUCCGACGGCUGGACCACGCCGUGGGCAACGUGCCGGACCUAUCUGCGGCCGUCUCCUACGUGAAAAGCUUCACCGGAUUCCACGAGUUCGCUGAGUUCACGGCGGAGGACAUCGGAACGAGCGAGAGCGGGUUAAACUCGGUGGUUUUGGGAAACAACGACGAAAUGGUUCUGUUGCCGAUGAACGAGCCGGUGCACGGAACAAAGCGGAAGAGUCAGAUUCAAACAUACCUGGAGCACAACGAGGGAGCCGGGGUGCAGCACUUGGCGCUGAUGUCCUCGGACAUCUUCAGAACGCUGAGGGAGAUGAGGAAGCGCAGUGGGGUCGGUGGCUUCGAGUUCAUGCCGUCGCCGCCGCCGACGUACUACAAGAAUCUGAAGAAUCGGGCUGGAGACGUGUUGACCGAUGAGCAGAUCAAGGAAUGCGAGGAAUUGGGGAUUUUGGUGGAUAGGGACGAACAGGGCACCUUGCUUCAGAUCUUCACCAAGCCCGUUGGAGAUCGGCCAACCCUGUUCGUAGAGAUAAUCCAAAGAGUAGGGUGCAUACUCAAGGACGAAGAAGGGAAGGAAUACCAAAAGGGUGGAUGCGGGGGAUUUGGGAAGGGAAACUUCUCGGAGCUCUUCAAAUCCAUUGAAGAGUAUGAGAAAACACUGGAAGCCAAACGAACCCCUGAAACUGCUGCUGCAUGAGCAAUUGCUGCAAGAAUAAUGCCAAUCUGGUGUGGGCAAUGGUUUAUAUCAACUCCAAAUAGGAAUAAUAAAUUCUGGAAUUUACUGAAAAUAUUUGAAUAAGAUUUUAUUGCUAUGAAUUUUUGUAUGUUCUUUUGUAAAAAUUAUGAUAAUUAUAAGAUGUUUAGAAGACAGAAGUUAUUGAAUGUUGAUUACUUUCUUGAUUUUUUUUUA